ACACCUCUCUUGAUCGUUCUAUGAAACCCCUUUCUAGCUAAAACCAAAUCAUCACAUUGAGUAUAAUUAACAUGCUAUGAAGAACAUGGCAUAAAAAGAGAAGGUGUUCUUGUGGGGAAUUAGAUCGAACACCUUGCGAUCAUAAGUCUCAGAGCAGAGAGCGAAUAAUUCGGAAGCAAGGUAGUUAUCGGGAGUAACUAAGGACAUGAUGAGGCGAGCCUAGAGGUGCUUAGCUUGAAGAAGGAGACGGCAUUCGGUCAAGUUAUGGAGGAGGCAGCCAUAAAAGCCACGGUCGCCGGAGUUUAUAGACGGUUUCUUCAGUUAAUUGGCGCGCGAAGGGCUUUUAAUUGCGAGUUCAACGACAUAGUUUUUCAUUCUCCUCCUAAUUUUUAUUUCUUGUCUUUGGUUUUUUGGUUGAUCACUGUCUUUGAAAACAGCAGCAUGAAACUUGCAAAUCAAGCAACGAGCCAAAAGAGCAUUUUGGUGAGGUGAGUUGAGGUAUGAAUAAUAAACUCAACCUUUCCAUUGUGCAGCUUCUCCGUCUUCAAUCAAAUCCUACCGCCGCCCAUUUCAAAUUGAAGCGCCCAAUACAAUCCAACAAAGCGCUCCGAAUUCUAGACAUAAUCGCAUCCCCAAAAUCUCGCUCCACUGCUACGCUUCGUCAAACCCAUCUUCGCCUCCUUGAGGAUGUCUUAGGGACAAAUUCCUCUCAACCCACUGAACAAUUCUUGACCAGAAGCGCCCGUGUCACUUCUGACGUGCUUGAUGAGUUACUGGACUCUUCUUUUGUUACUGUAAACAAUCAACGGUUCGAGUCCGUGCGUUCUUCGAGAUUCGAUGCCGGUUCUUUAUGCAGUGCAGUGAGUUCUUGUGCUUAUUCUUGUAAUCUUAAAGAAGGGGUUCAGUACCAUUGCUUUGCUAUGAUUAGUGGGUUUGUUUCGUAUGCCUAUGUGGGAAGUUCUUUGAUUAAUCUAUACAGCAAAUGCGGGGAAAUGGAUAAUGCUGUCAGAGUGUUCAAUGAAAUGCCUGUGAGAAAUGUAGUCACGUGGACUGGUGUCAUUUCUGGGUUUGCUCAGGAUUGGCAAGUUGAUGUUUGUUUGGAGCUGCUCUCUGCCAUGAGACAAUCAACUUUAAAACCCAAUGAUCUUACGUUCACCAGUCUUUUGAGUGCCUGCACAGGAAGUGGAGCUCUUCGCCAAGGGAUGAGUGCUCAUUGUCAAAUCAUUCUUAUGGCUUUUGAUUCCUACUUGCAUGUUGCCAAUGCUCUUAUAUCUAUGUAUUGCAAAUGUGGGAGCGUUCAGGAUGCGGUUUAUAUAUUUGAUAACAUUGUUUGUAAAGAUGUUGUGUCUUGGAAUUCUAUGAUUAGUGGAUAUGCUCAGCAUGGGUUGGCAAUGCAGGCCAUUGAGCUUUUCGAACGCAUGAAAAACCUGGGUGUAAAACCUGACUCGAUAACAUUUCUUGGGGUUUUAUCUGCUUGUCGACAUGCAGGUUUUGUUGAAGGAGGCAGGAGUUACUUUAAUUCGAUGAUUGGAUAUGGACUGAGGCCAGAGCUGGACCACUAUUCAUGUCUAAUUGAUCUUCUUGGCCGUGCUGCAUUGAUAGAAGAGGCUCGAGAUGUUAUCUUAAGGAUGCCAUUGUGCCCCAAUGCUGUAAUCUGGGGAUCGCUGUUAUCCUCAUGCAGGGUUCAUGGAAGUGUCUGGAUUGGCAUUGAAGCAGCAGAGCAAAGGCUGCUGCUGGAACCGGGUUGUGCUGCUACUCAUGUACAAUUGGCAAAUCUGUAUGCAAGUGUGAGGUACUGGGAUCAGGCAGCAAGAGUGAGGAAAUUGAUGAAAGAUAGUGGACUUAAAACGGUUCCUGGCUAUAGCUGGAUUGAGAUGAAGAACAAGAUUUACAUAUUUAGAGCAGAAGACAGGUCUAACACAAGAGUUGGUGAAAUUCUAAAUGUUCUGGAUUGUUUGGUAGACCAUAUGGCUUUAGGAAAUGCGCCGGAGGAAAAUAUUAAUCAAGUUGCAUAUGAAAUAGUGUGAUUUAUCCAUCAAGUGGCCGCUGAGAUAAUUUGAAUGCAUCUCCUAAAUGCUUGGCACCUCUGCGCUUAAUGUCUUCUUAGUCUUUUUGAAGGGACUAUGAUGCUGUAUAAGAACUAUUCAGUUUUCUUAUUUGCUAUGGAUCAAGAUCACUCAGAUUCAGUUGACUGAUUCCCUAGUGAUUUCGUGGGAGGCUGGGAGCACAAUCCAAGGUAAAGACAUGGGCUGUAGCCUGAAAAGGAGAAUCCGAGAUGAGAAAUCUUUUGAGCUAAGAAGUAAAGCAGGGGGAAUUAGCUGCCCACUCCAUAUCUUUUGAGACUUCAUGUUCUGGUUAUAGAAUUUAUAGGUAUCGCUUCUCUGCUUCGUUUUCCUUUAUGAUCUGUGUAUACACGUUUGGGUUGUUGGUGUGGAAGCGUGAAGAUGCAUAAAUCUUAAAUUAUAUGAUGUCUUCGUAUAUGUAUAGGAGACUAGACGAAAGAUGGCAUAAGACGCCUCCAUCUUUUGGAGCAAUGCAAGAGCAUGAAGCAGCUAAAGCAAGCUCAUGCACAAGCACUCAUUUGUGGCCUAAGCAACAAUUCCUACUCUUUAAGCAGAAUCUUAGCUUUUUGCUGCGACCCAAAUUGCGGCAUUUUUUACGAUGCUUGGAAACUCUUUCAACAUAUUCAACCACCUACCAUUUGCAUUUACAACGCCACGAUGAAAGCUUUACUUCUAAGAAAUCAAAUCUUUGAUGCUUUUAAUAUAUACAUUACUAUGUUACAAAUUGGCAUGUACGAAGAUGCUUAUUCAUUGCCUCAUGUGUUAAAAGCCUGUGCCAAGUUUGAAUCUUGUUUCUCUUGGUGAAUGAGUAUUGUUUAAAACUGGGGUUUGUUAAUACUAUGGUGAUUGAUUUUUGAUUUUAA